GUUAAACUUCUCUAAAAGCGAAGAGGAAAAAAACCUGAGAACGCCUGUGAGAGACUCUGCUCUUGCAUUUCCACUAGAGACCAAUUUUUCUGGCAUAUCAGUUGAUCAGCCAAACACAUCUCCCAAUGAUUCUCAACCUUCGACUUUGAACUCUGUGAAGUUAUCUGGCAAGCUGACUCCUGUUCUUUCUUUGGAAAAGCUCAUCAAUGAUAAAGGAAGUCAUCAUCAGAAAGAUGAAUUUGAGGAUGAAAAUGAAGAUGAGGAUGAAUAUCCUGGAAAUAAUGCUGUAAAUACUUCAGUGGAGCAGUUCUGGAAGGA